GAGGUUUUAGCAGCAGUGAUGUUGAUGGUAUAUACUUAUUGUGUUCCGCUACUGAUACUCACUACGGAUAACACUCAGCAUACCUCUACAGUCUGGGAUUUAAACGCACUUAACCAUAGAAAAUAAUCAAUAGGCCUACAGCUAUUGCCAGUUGAGCCCAUAAAUGAGUCAUACGUACUGAGAAACUACCACAACUGAAUAUCCAGUUUAAUUCGUCCGUUUCGGAAAACAUGAAGUCUGACACCGGUUUUUCAUCAUUGUCCCAUAAGACAUGGAGACGGUCACCAAAACCCGGUCAUCUUAAUUCAAAAGAUGAUAAGCGUGGUACAACAGCAAAAUCAAACAAAGAAUUCCUGUACCGCUCAUCUCCCCGAGUCAAGAAAAAGCCGCUAAUGGUUUCGAGAUUUUACCGUUCGUUUCGUUUUACCGACUUCAUUACUCGUGAAAGACUCCGGACUCAAAAACAUCGGUCUUCCCGUGCGCGUCACUUGUAUGAUUUAGACAUGCAGAUGCUGCAGGUCGAGCUGCGGGAUACGUUGGAUGCAGAUGAUGAAAUGGAGGACAAUCCUUUCGCUCAUGAAAUCGAUGAGGAAUUACAACGUCGUGAUUUUGAGGAAUCCAUUAUUCUUCAGAAUACGGGGGCAGUUCAAACGAGUCACGUGUAUUAUAAAAUCGUGAAGUUGUUUCGUUACAUCAAUGUACUCAAUCCGCAGGGCACAGUAAUUGCUUUGUUGUCCUUAAAUUUAUUGAUAAAAUGCAGUCCGGAAGUGGUUCAGGCGAUUGAAGUAAGUAACGGAAUUGCAACACUGCUUAAUCUGGUUGAGUGCAAGAUCACACCUGUAGUCUUAGCAUCAAUGAAGUUACUCUCAAGCCUAUUCCAAAUGAUGUACAUGCGAAGAGUGGCAAUAGCCUUCGGUGCUGUACAAGUGCUGGUGGACCUACUUCUUGAAUCCGAAGAUCAAAUUAAGAGAGCGUCUUCUGAUCUGCUGGCCAGCUUAGCUUUAUUAAAAGAAGCUCGACUAUCAGUUACCAAAACAAAAGGGAUUCAACACUUGGUUUGUCUCUUAGAGUUAGCCGCUCCCAUCUCUAGCCGGAGAAAAAAAGUAGAGAAAAGCUCUGUUUAUACUUGUUCGCUAUCUAGCGGAACCAAAACGCAAUCCGGUCCCGUAACCGUGAAAGAGAAAUCAGGUUUAGAAUCUGUCCUGGUUUCAGUUGCCACUGCCUUAUGGCGCUUCAGUCGUACUGCAAUCAAUCGGAGGCUUAUGCAGCGAGCUGGACUGGUGCCUGCUUUGAUUCGUGUUAUUCAGAUAAAUAGUCCGAACAUACUUGUCCCUGUCUUGGGAAUAAUACAGGGGUGUGCAGCCGAUAUGGCUUUCAGGAUAUCACUCCGUUCCGAGGGAAUUCUAAAACCACUGGUCGAAAACUUACACAAUCCAGACUUGAGCGUCAAAUUACAGUCUUCCAGGGCAUUGUAUCACUGCCUGGAUGACCCGAAAAGUUUAGAGAUAGUGCGCUCUGUUAAUGGCCCGGAGGCCUUGGUUCAGAUACUUCAAACCCAAAUUGUGGCUGCCACAAAACUGAUUAAUGCAGGCUGGUUGGAGACGAUUGAAGAAUUCCAAAGUGUUUCUAAUCGCGCCACUAGAGACGGGAACAACAACGCUGUACUACAACUUAACAUUGAAAAGGUGAGCAAUCCACUGAACGAAGGUAGGGAGGGUAGUAAUAGCCGCUUUCACUUAGCAGGUGUGCCUGCAAAACAAACGAAGGCAAGUGAUUCUUCGUCAGACAUUGACAUCCAAUCUACACCCGAUGCAGUGGCUGAUGGAUUGUUUGUAUGUCAACUUCUACACACUGUAUUAGCAACGAUGACCAAAUUCAUUACCAUGGAAUGCGAUAUCGCUCUCUUACACCAACUCGGAGUCACCGAACUUUUGACGAAACUGAUGGAACUGUUAGCUCGGCACGUACUCAUUUACCGUCAGCCGUCUUGCACAAUUUCACCUAAACUGCGCAAACUAGCCUUGUUGGAGAAAGUCUGUGCGCUGAAUGUUGCUUGCCUUGCUCGUUUAUCCUCGCUCGUGAUGGUGCAGAAAUGCCUAGUUCCUCAGGUUUCUGUGAUAGAUACUUUGAUACAUCUUUUAGACCACACGUCAACGGAUAUCAUUGUACCAACGAUUAAUUCUAUCAGCUCAAUGGUUUCCAAUGGCAGCCUGAGACAGAUGAUGGAGCAGCGUGGAGUGUUUCGUGUUCUCUUCUCCUUGUGUUUUCACUCCAACAGUCAAGUGUGUCAGGCUGCCUUGGUGGCUCUGAAGGCGUUCUUGAGCAACGCUCCAAGCAGGACAGUUUUACUACGUCCAGUAAGUGGUUCACUCUGUCUUCUGGUGCAGAGACUGAGCACUGAGUACAGUAAGUUAAGUGAAUCGGAUCUUGAGGUGGACUCGGACGCAGAACAAAUAGUAGCCGCAAUAUGCUCUCUUCUGGCAGAAAUUGCCUCAGACGAAGAGGGCCAAGAGAUUCUAACCGAACUAGGUGUUGUCCCCUACCUGAUAAAUCUCAUCAGCAUUGCUCGUGGAAAUGCUCUUCGGACCGGAGUUUCGGCGGCUGUAGUCCAGUUUGCUUCCACUGAUGCUAUGCUCAAAGCAUUCCGAGGAAAAGAGUAUCUCCGUCCAUUUGUUAGGUUUAUUACUGAUGGUGAUUAUGAAGUGCGAAUGAAUGUUAUAAAAACUUUGGAAAUACUAAGCGAUGAUUCUCGUGUUUGUAUGGCUAUACGAGCGUCCGAUAUCAUGUCUACCCUUAUGCAUUUACUGAGCAAUUCACCAGAAGAGUUGCAGAUAGCGGCAAGCAGAGUAAUUGGAAAAGCGACCAAGAUACGGAUGGCCACAACCAGAAGCAAGGUACAUCAAUAAGCUGAUUCAGAGUUGUAUAUAAAAAUUGCUGUCUUUUGUACAGAGUUAACAACCUUCUGACAAUAAAAUGCUUCCACGCUGCUCUUGUGAACGAUUGAUAAACCUUAUUGACC